GGUCUUGUUCCAGAUAACCGACCAGAAGCUUCAUGCUCAUCACUCUCCUCUUCGUCUUCCUCUCUUUAAAUCUCCACUAGCCCUCACCAUCUCGAUGGCCUUCCUCUCCCCACCGCCUCCUCCCACUGCCCUCUCCUCCCUAUCCCUCAGAUCCCACCUCUGCCUCCGAUCCCAUCUCACUGUCUUCCCCAGGAAGCUCCCUUCCCUCUUUCUCUCGAGGUCCGCUGAGAAUGGGGCGGGAGAAGCGAGAUCCUCGGCGACUCUUGUGGAGGAGAAGGAGGCGGAGCAGGAAUCGAAGGAGAACAAGGGGGAAACCACCCCUCCCGCGCCUAAUCUUGGAUCCAACGGAGCCGCACUGAAAGCCGAGGAGCUGGCGCCGCCACCCAAGUUCAAGGACCCCAGGUGGGUCGGAGGGACGUGGGAUUUGAAGCAGUUUAUGAAGGACGGGAAGACCAAUUGGGAUGCGGUGUUGGAUGCAGAGGUCAGGAGAAGAAAAUGGCUUGAAGAUAAUCCAGAAGCAUCGAGCAAUGAAGAGCCUGUGAUUUUCGACGCCUCGAUCAUCCCGUGGUUGACUUGGAUCAAAAGAUUCCACCUUCCAGAAGCUGAGUUACUCAAUGGCCGCGCUGCCAUGAUUGGGUUUUUCAUGGCAUAUUUUGUGGAUAGCCUCACCGGAGUAGGUCUCGUUGAUCAGAUGGGGAACUUCUUCUGCAAAACUUUGCUAUUUGUGGCUGUUGCGGGAGUUCUACUGAUUCGAAAGAAUGAAGAUCUUGACACCCUAAAGAAGCUACUUGAAGAAACAACCUUCUAUGACAAGCAGUGGCGAUCAACUUGGCUGGAGGAUAAAUCCUCAAGUGGCACUACAAGACAAAGAGUAGCCUCAGUUGGAUCUCUGUUGUUUCGAUUGGUGUUCUUUGAUAGAUGAGCAAUGUACAAGAUAUGAUUUCGUCUAGUAUGGUUCCAGAGAUUAGCAGUGUAAGCAAUAUCUUUUUAUCUACUCUUUAUCAUAGAGAGGCAUAUUUAAAGGUUGAACGCUUGGAUUGGAAAUUUCGAGCGAGUUGGACUGGUUCCUGUUCUUUA